AUGGGGCAGCGGCGGCCCCGCCCGCAGCUGGUACCCGGCGAGCGUCUCGGCGCUCCUGCUGUGGCUGCCGCUCGUGGCCGUGACGGGCUGUGUUCUGCAGAGCUCUGGGUCUCACUGGAGGAGCACCAGGACGCCCUAGAACUCAUCAUGAGCAAGUACAGGAAGCAGAUGUUACAGCUGCUGGAAGGGAGAAAGCGUGAAGAGGCAGAACCAGCCUUGAAAGUCCAUCAGGCUAAUUCCGGGGAAAUUGAAAGUCAAAUAGACAGAAUAUGUGAGAUGGGAGAGGUGAUGAGAAAAGCUGUUCAGGUGGAUGACGAGCAGUUCUUUAAAGUUCAGGAGAAACUGGCUCAGUUGGAGCUUGAAAACAAAGAGCUGCGUGAGCUGCUGUCGAUCAGCAAAGAGUCCUUCGAGGUGGGGAGAGAAGAUCUGCCAGACUGUGAAGCUUAGGCCACAAAAACCUUAUCUCCAAGCCUUCAGAGACUGUUAUGAAACUACCUGACAAGGAUUUGUUGUUUCAGGUGUUUCCUUGUAUAUUUAUUUUAUCUUUAAAGUGUGUGGGCUGUUUUCUCUGCAUUUUUCUGAAGUGCUGAUGGCAAAAGCUUGCACCCUGCUCUUAGUACCUGCAGCACUCGGAUGCUUAACACUGAAGUAUUUGAUGUGUCCUCCCUUGUGAUGGUUCAUUUCCUCUCCCUUUGUUAUUUUUUAUGAGCUUUAGUUAAUAAUUCCAGCUGUGCAGAUGGCUCUUAAAUCCUCCUUGUCCGUAGCUAGAGAACGUAAUGCAGGUUGUGAUGAUUGUGCUUGAUAGAAGGAAUAGGAAAUGACUGAGAAACCACAGUGUGAGAGGCAGGGAUGUGGUUUGCUCUGGCUGCACAGGGCAGCUGGGCUCUGCAGAGUGAGUGACCUUCGGUGUCUGGCUGGCCUGACUUUGUCACCUGGCCACUGCUGAGAGAACAGCAGAUGCCAGCAGAGCACUUGAAGGAGUCACUCCUAUUCAGAGCAAACUUUACCAGGGGUGAAGAUUGGAGUUAACGACCCUUCCUGACACAUGCAUAUUUGAAGGAUUAAUCUUUUUUGAUAGACCUGUCCCAGCCUUCCCGGUGCUCCCAGUUAUCAGCCAGCCCUGCUCUGUUGGUGUGCUCAGAGCCUGCCAGAGCACAGCACCUGCAGAUCAAAGCUCUCUGGCCUCCCACAAAUUUGGCUUCAGGCAGAGGGAGUUCAGAUCUGCCUUAAAAGCAAACCAAACCACCCCCAUACAGAGAAUUUUAGUGUCACGUCACAGGUGAGUCUGGUGACACGUGUUCCACAGUUACUGCAGGUCCUGUAUUGAGUGGAAUUAGAGCGUUACAGGAGUUUCUCAGUAGGGUGGUAUUUUUAAUUACACUUUUUAUAUAAAAGAUUUCUGUCCUACCUGUCAUCUAAGAAUAAUCUUCCAAGAAUGGUAAACAUCUCAUUUCCACUAUUAGCUUAAAUUUUUAAUACCACUUUUUCCCAAGUGAGACUUUUGAUAGAUACAGAAGGUAACCUGUUCCUGUGCUCACUGAGAGACAGUGAACACUGGAGAUGUUGUGAACAUUUGGAAUUCCCAGCAAGACUGGUAGAUAUAAGGGAUUUCUGUACAGGAGUGCUCUUGUAUACAAUCCUUUUCUAUUAGAAAUUGUUCAAGAGGGAAUAAAAGAACCCAGUGAGAAAUA